AAGACGCAGGCGGCGUCACCGUCUCCAAGGAGCGGUCUGGGGCACCGGUUUCAAAGUCGCUGGGCGGGCCCAGUCGAUUUCCGAUACUGGUCCCGGGAUUCCUGGACGCUUUGGAGUAGCUCCUGGCUCCACCGAGGACGCCGCCACACGGCUGCCCGCUGGCUACCUCGGCGCUCUCCUGAGUGGCCCGACACGACCUGGAGUGACCCGCGGACGCCUGUAUUCACACGCGUCCCUGUUCCCCACUGGCUGGGAUUCGGGUGAACGUGGAAGGGAACUAAUUUAGCGGGUCUCCAGCAAACCUGAAAUCUUUAGUGCCUCAUUUGAGCGAGGGACUCGCCUGAGAGUCUGAAGAAGGAAGGCGCGGCGGGGCUGUUGAUGCCGCGUGAGUAGGAUUCGGAUUACAGCACUCGAGUGCUAGACAACCUCGGAGGCAUUGCUUUGGUUUUGUUUUCCCCGUACAGCCUGCUUUGUGUCUUUUUGAGAAAAGUAAAAGUGGUGAAAGCUCCAAGCUAAAAUUGUAUCUACAUGGCCACUGAAAUCAAGUUUCUGCGAGAUCAAAAUCAUGAAGUUCUUAGGCAAAAUCAAAUGGAAAAUGAUUCCAAAUGUUCAUCUAUACAGAAAGAUGUCCUCAAAGGAAAUGGAGAUAACACAUUAGAAAACUCAGUCGUUGACAAAAGCUUUUUAGUUCCUCUUAUUACUGAGUAUGAUAAGCAUCUGGAAGAAAUAAAUGGUCAGCUCCAGUAUUAUCAGAAACAGAUGGGCGAGAUGAAACUACAACUUGAAAAUGUCAUCAAGGAAAAUGAAAGGUUGCACAGUGAAUUAAAAGAUGCUGUUGAAAAGCAGUUGGAGGCCCUUCCCUUUGCCACAGAGGUGGGAAAUGAGAUAUAUACAGAUGAUGAAACAGUCAGGAAUCUUCAAGAACAACUACAACUGGCCAAUCAAGAAAAAACUCAGGCUGUGGAACUCUGGCAGACUGUUUCUCAGGAGUUGGAUAGACUACAGAAACUUUACCAGGAACAUAUGACUGAGGCUCAAAUUCAUGUAGUUGAAAGUCAGAAACAAAAGGAUCAGCUGACCAAUUUUCAACACCUGACCAAGCAACUUCAUGUUACUAAUGAGAACAUGGAAAUGACUAAUCAACAUUUUCUGAGAGCUGUAACUGAACAAAAUGUGGAGAUUGAGCAACUCCGAAAACAACUUAGGAAAGCAAAAUUAGAUCUGAGAAUGGCAGUAGCAAAAGUGGAAGAGUUAUCUAAAAUGACCAAAGAUCUUCAAGAACAGAUGCAAAAGAAGGAGGAGGAUAUGGAAUCUGCUCAAGGAAGAGAAGAAGCAUCAGAUAGACGCUUACAGCAGUUACAAUCUAGUAUAAAACAGUUAGAAAUGAGAUUACAUUUGUCCACCCAAGAAGCCACCCAAUUAAGAGAAGAAAAAGCACAUUUGGAGAAACAGAGCAGAGAGUUACAAGUGAAGUGCAAUGAAUUACAAAAUGAGAAAUACGAAGCUAUUAUAAGAGCCAGAGAUAGCAUACAACUCUUAGAAGAAGCUAAUCUUCAAAGAAAUCAGGCUCUACUUGAGGAGAAGCAGAAAGAAGAAGAUAUAGAGAAAAUGAAAGAAUCGUUUUCUCGGAUUGUGCAAGAGUCUGCCAUAAGAACCAGGAAGGAAGUUGAAAACACAAGAAAACAAUAUAAUAUACAGAUUUCUCGACUAGCAGCAGAACUUUCAGCCCUUCAAACGGAGUGUGCUGAAAAACAAGGCCAAAUUGAACGAGCCAUUAGAGAGAAAAGAGCAGUGGAAGAAGAGCUAGAAAAGGUAAAAAAGAAAAGGAAAAAAAUACCUAAACCCAACUGCAAAUAUUCAACAUUACUAUCUGCUUUCAUCAUACUAUCUACUAGCAACCCUUAUAUUAUAAGUAUUCUCCUGAUUUACCAUGAAGGCAGAAUAAAUGAAAGUGAUUACAGAAAACUGGAAGAAAUGCACCAAAGGUGUCUGGUUGCAGACCGUUCAAAAGAUGAUCUUCAGCUAAGACUUAGAACAGCAGAAAAUAAACUCAAACAACUUGAAAUAAAUUCCUCGGAAGAGCUAUCACGGUGCCAAGAAAUGAUUCAGAAACUUCAAAAGGUGUUGGAGUCAGAGAGAGAGAACUGUGGAUUUGUCAGUGAAGAAAGGCUGAGACUUCAGCAGGAAAAUGAACAAUUACAGAAACAGGUUGAAGAGUUAAGAAAGAUUGCUCUUGAGGCUCAAAAACAAGCCAAAUUAAAGAUCAGUACAAUGGAACAUGAAUUUUCAAUAAAGGAACAUGGGUUUGAAGUUCAGUUGAGAGAGAUGGAAGACAGUAACCGAAAUUCUACUGUUGAACUGAGGCAUCUCUUAGUGACUCAACAGAAGGCAGCCAAUAGGUGGAAAGAAGAAACAAAGAAACUCACUGAAAGUGCAGAAAUUAGAAUCAGUAAUCUAAAGAGUGAGCUGAGUCGACAGAAACUUCAUACCCAAGAGCUGCUUUCUCAGCUGGAAAUGGCAAAUGAAAAGGUAGUUGAGAAUGAAAAGUUAAUUCUAGAGCAUCAAGAAAAAUCCGACAGACUUCAGAGGCGACUAAUUGAAGCAGAGCAGAGAGCUGCUUCAGCCUCCCAGCAGCUCAGUGUGAUAACAGUGCAGAGAAGAAAAGCAGCCUCCAUGAUGAAUCUGGAAAAAAUUUAAAAGUAUUCAUAACUCACAGAACUUUAGAGUUGGGAAAGCUGUUGAACUAGAAGUGUAUUAAAAUGGUAAAACCUGCAUAGAAUGGUUAAGGCUUGUGUCAUUUUGCAUAAGCAUUUUCCAUUCUGUCUUGAGGGUUAUUGGAAAACAGAGCAGUGACAGCUUCCUGUAAGGAAAUAUAAUCCUAUAUUGGGCUUCAGUGGAGAAUAAAGCCAGCUGGGAAGAACUCAUUGCCUUCAUCAAUGUGUCUAUUUUUUAAUUCCUCCUUUUCCCCUUGGAAGAGCAUAAUAAUUUUCAAACUAUGCUAAUCAUGAGAAAGCAUUUUAAGAAAAUGCUGGAAUUAUAAUAUUUCAAGUUCCAGGAUUUGAGAAUUUUACAUUUAACUGUUACUUAUAACUCAUUUUUAAAGUUCCCAAGUGUCCAUUUUAUUAUGAACUCACAUGUAAUAAAUUAUGCAUUUUCUAAAA